CAGGUAUUGUAAUUUAAGCCCCUGGCUAAAAGAAUGUCCUGCGCCACUGAAGAGAACCAAAGCUACAAAACCUGUUCCUAGUUUCUGGUCGACUCGAUGAAGUGUCUGCGCUGAGGUUUCAAACUGAAGAUAUUUGUUGACAAAAUUUAUUACAAACAGAGGAGUCCGUUUUAUUUAGGUGUUCGUUCAUUUAAAAAAGAGAACAUGAGAGUUAUUCCUAUCGUCCUGCUUCUCUUUGGUUUGAGCUCAACGCUGGCACAGAAUACAAUAUCUCCAAAUACUACAACACAGACUACAACACAACCUACGAGUCAAGGACCGACUACAACACCACAUCCAAGUUGCGAGACCAAGAGUGGUACAACCUGUGAGGAAUGCUUGGCAUAUGUGGAUUGUCUGUGGUGCAUUUCAACUAAAAAAUGUAUAACAUAUCCAGCCAAAACCAUCCUGCCCCCCAACUCCCUCUGCCCACUGAAUGAUGCUCGAUGGGGCCUUUGCACAAUAAACUUCCAGAUUUUGAUCAUUACAUUGUCAGUGGCUGCAGCGCUGCUCAUCAUUGGUUUUUUGGUGUGUAUUUUCUGCUGCUGCAAGUGUGAGAACUUUGGAUCUACUCGAUUCCAAAACAGGAUGAACCGGCAAUCAGACAAGACAAAAACAAAACAAGAGGAGAGAAAAGCUGAGCUGAAGAUUAGACAUGAUGAGAUCCGACAAAAAUAUGGUCUCAGCAGGGCAAGUCCUUAUGCUAGAUUUGACAAUCCAAGCUAAAAUGAUGGAUGCACUGUUAUAAAGAUGAAUACUUUGACUAUCUGCUGCCUAUUUGAAAAUGAUUACAAUAGAUGAAAUAAUAUGAUUCCAUUGUGCUUAAAAUGAUGAUUUUCAGCUUAAGUAAUAUUCAACUUAAUGUCAUUUCUGUUAAUUUAUUUUAUUUACUACAAUUUUCCACAAAGUAUUCAAUCAAUGUAACCCCCCACCAUCAUAAUAUGAAAGUAACUUUUUUUGUACAUAUAUAAUCAAAGUUAAGGUUUCACUGAAAUAAAAAAUAUUCUUUAUAAAAAGCAUCUAACACUCUCAUCUGAAUCCAAAUCAGCAUCUGCUAGGUUUGGAACCGAGUGAAGGAUUGCUUAUUAGUCCAUGAGCCUUAUAGAUAUCAUAAGAUAAUAGAUAUAUCUGAUAAAUACCUGCCCAUGUAAUAUACACACUUUUUGAAUAAGAUAAUAAAUAAUAAUAAUUAAAA